AUGGACUCAACACAGACUCAUAACUUUACCUCUGCGGAUCGUAUCCGACAACUGAAUGAUAUUGACCAGGAUGUCGCAAAACUGAUACACUCUGCUGGGCUUGGAAUCCAAGCUCUAACGAAUGCGAAGCCGGACUCGUCUUCACCUGCCCACAGCGGCUCUCUCGAAUCACACAAGACCCAGUUCAAAGAAGCCACCGCACAGUACUUCGCCCUCCUAUCCUCCAUUGACGUGCGCCUUCGACGCCAGGUCUACGCUCUGGAAGAAGCAGCAGUGUUGGGACCUGAAACGAGCUCUCGCACAGGCGAUGCGAGUGGCACAGGCGCCGGUGGCGCUGGGACUAGCGCUGGAUCGGGCGCCGCCGCCAACCCUCUCGACAUCAGUUGGCUAAACAGUCGGAAGGACACUGUCGGGAAAGAUAAGGAGGCAGAGUUAUGGGCAUCGGCACGGCAGUUUGUUGAGCAAUUGAACGGGCCUCCGGGUUCGCAGCGCGAAGAAAAUCCCAGCGGUAAUGCAGAGCAGAUGCAGGUCGAUUAA